CGUGUGUGGAACGACCGGCGCAAAUUUCAGCCGGUUCGCCGGCUCGAAGCGUUUCCCUUUACCAAAAGCAAUGGCGGCCUUUAACUGACGUAUAGGCGUAUAGCGUUGACGGACGUCACCACUGUCCAUUCGGCGGAACCAGUCGAGAUCUUGUUUGCCCUCCGCGGAUCCUCACGGAGACGAGAUUGAUGUGCGCGUUGCCUCUGUGAUUAUAGCUGUAAUCGCCGGCUGGUUCUGGUUUCGUCGCCACCAUGAAGCAAAAGAUUGUGGUGAAGGUCGAGGUCAAGGACAACAAACAGAAGUCGAAAGCGUUGACAGCAGUCGCCGUUCUCCCUGGGGGUACAGGACAAUGGGGAAUAUAUUGCUGUGAAGAAGCUUAAUCUCAUGCCAGGGCUUGACGACGAGGAAUUCAAAAAUGAGUUUAAUAAUCUUAUGAGGGUCCAACAUCAAAAUACCAUACGGUUAGUUGGUUACAGCCAUCAUACAACGCAAGUGCUUGCUGACCACAAUGGAAAAUAUGUUUCUGCUAGAGUGAAAGAAAGAUCUCUAUGUUCCGAAUACUUGGAGGGAGGAAGCCUUGACAAGCAUCUUUCUAAUGAACCAUGUGCUCUUGUCUGGCACACAUGUUACGAAAUAAUUAAGGGACUGUGUGAGGGCUUACAUUACCUUCACAAAGGAUUCGAAUAUCCUAUUUACCAUCUGGAACUGAAACCUACAAAAGUUUUGCUGGAUAAGGACAUGAUGCCCAAAAUUGGAGGUUUUGGUUUCUAUAGGCUCUUUGAUUCAAUAGAAGCCUCCAACACGCCAGAAGUUACAGCAACAAGAGUAUACAUGCCGCCAGAAUACAUCAGUAAACGGCUAAUCACACCAAAGUUUGAUGUAUUCAGUCUGGGCAUUAUAAUCUUGCAAAUCAUGGCAGGAAAGGAGAGCUACACCAAGUGUAUAGAUACUUCCCCCGAAGUAUUUAUUGAGAGUGUAUAUGAAUUCUGGGUAAACAGGAUGCAGGGCACAAUAUCAAAGCAUACUUCGCGUGAAGUUAGAACAUGCAUCGAAAUAGCUCUAAAAUGUGUGGAGUUCAGUCGAGAAAAGAGGCCUACUAUAAAGGAGAUCAUACAGAAACUGAAUAAGAUUGAUAUUGUUGAGUGCUCAUCUAUACAUCAGCUAUAUAGAGCAAAAGAGUUUUCAUUUGAGUUCUUAGAAAAUAUUACUGAUAAAUUUUCUAAGCAAAACAUAGUUGGCCGUGGUGGAUAUGGAAUUAUUUACAAGGGGGUGCUGAAGGAUGGAGAAGAGGUUGCUGUUAAGAAACUUCAUCAAAUGUUGUGGAUUGAUGAUGAACAAUUCAAAAACGAGCUUAAUAAUCUAAUGAGGGUCCAACACAAAAAUAUCGUACGGUUAGUUGGCUACUGCCACCAUGCAUCACAUAUAUUUGUUGAGUACGAGGGAAAACAUGUUUCUGCUAGCGUGGUAGAAAGAGCAAUUUGUUUGGAAUAUGUGCAGGGUGGAAACCUUGACAAUCAACUUUCUGGAAAGGAGGGCUACUUCAGUUGUCCAUACACCCCUCCGAAAGAAUUUAUUACAACUGUACGUGAAAACUGGCGAACAAAGGUGGAGGCAACAGUGUCGCCCCAUGCAUCUGAACAAGUGAGGACAUGCAUCGAAAUAGCGUUGAAAUGUGUGGAGGAUGACCGAAUGCGAAGGCCUACAAUAGCCCACAUUGUUAAUGAACUAAGUAACAUUGGUGUUGCUAAAGGAUCACCCAUUCGCCAGUGGGCGAACAAGCUUGCUCCGUUCAAGACCUUGUUAUUAUCCACUCACUUCAAACAUUGGCUGUUCCUCUUUGUCGCAGCGAUUUCCAUGUUUUUCGCAUGGGCUAAAUUCUGUCCAGAUUCAUGGUGGCAAGGCAUUACAAGGAGAACGUAAACCGCAGCACAUACUGGAUGCCUUCCAUCUACGCGCCCCGAAAGGCGGUAGCAGGGAGAAUAGUUUCUGUACAAGCGCUGUUAGUGUGAUUUCCAUAUUAGUUUCUGCUGUCAAGCAAGCAAAUUGCUAUCUUGAGAAUCAGAGUGCUAGGGUAUCUAUAUAUGUUUCCAAAAGCUCAAGAAAGCACUCGAUCAGUGCCCAUCAUCUUUCGCCAUUAGGAGCCCUGUUUAGAGAAACUAAACUUUGCACAGCACGCGUUGCAUAUGGCAAUGUAAAAAUUUCCUGGCCGUCUGCCUCAGUUUGUACUUUGUAUAGAACCUGCAUGCUGACGAUUUGUCCACCGCUUACGUUUAAUGGAAUGCAAUGGUAAUGUUUCCUAUAAA